CCCUUUUCCUUUUCCUUUCUUUCCGGAUCUCAACUCCAUUGAACCCGAUAAAGGCCAUUUCCAUCUUCAAAAUGGAGGACAGUCACUUCCGCCACAGUGCCUCGCACCAUCCAUCCCCUUUUAACUCCUCCCAAUCCCACCAACUCCAACACCUCCCCCGAGACCGAUCCGCCUCCAUGCUCUACAAUGAAGCCACCACCACCGCUCUCGAACCGCAUUCUCCCCAGCAACGCUCUGGCUCCUUCAGUGACGAGGAGGGCCAGCCUCCGCCACGAUACACGCCCGAAAAUGACCCCUUCCGGCUAGCCUCCAAGCUCAAGACCGCCGAGGAAAUAAAACAGAUUCAGCCACGAGCCAACAUGGCCCGCAAACGCGACAGCUGCACCCCCGCGGGCAUCAUGCGCAUGACGGCCUCGACGACCAAGAACCCCAAAGAGGCGCUAAGUGGAAGCCUCGCAUCCAAGUCACAAUUGCAAGGCUUCUACCAAACGCAGAACGAGAACAUCGAGCGCAUGCUCAAGCCCGUGGAGGAGCACGUCCGCACCGCCCGCGAAACCAACGCCAACAACCAACUCAAGUACAAGAUCGCCGUGUAUGGCAGUUUCGCCGCCAACAUCAUCCUCUCCGUGCUGCAGCUCUACGGCGCCAUCGCGUCGGGAUCCCUCUCCCUCUUCACCACCAUGGCCGACGCCGUCUUCGACCCCAUGUCCAACCUCACGCUGCUCCUCUGCAACAAGGCCGUUAACCGCGUCGACCCGCGCAAAUUCCCUGCGGGGAAAGCCCGCAUCGAGACCGCCGGCAACAUCUGCUUCUGCUUCCUCAUGACGGCCGUGUCGUUCAUCAUCAUUGCCUUCUCCAUCCGCGAGCUGGUCCAGGGCUCCGAGUCCGAGACCGGCGAGUUCCACCUGCCGUCCGUGAUCGCCGUCAUCGUCGCCUUCUGCACCAAGUUCGCCCUCUUCGUCUACUGCUUCGCGCUGCGCCACCAGGUGUCCCAGAUCCGCAUCCUCUGGGAAGACCACCGCAAUGACCUGUUCAUCAACGGCUUCGGUAUCUUGACCUCCGUCGGCGGCAGCAAACUGCGCUGGUGGAUUGAUCCCAUGGGCGCCAUCAUUUUGUCGGUCCUGGUCAGCUGCCUGUGGCUGUAUACCGCGUAUCACGAGUUCCAGCUGCUGAUCGGCGUGACCGCCGACACGAAGAUGCAGCAGUUGAUCACUUAUAUCUCAAUGACCCAUUCUCCCCUCAUCACUGCCAUCGACACCGUCCGCGCCUACACCUCCGGACCCCGUCUUCUUGUGGAAGUCGACAUCGUCAUGGACCCGAAUGACUCGCUGCGCGCGACGCACGACGUCGCUGAGGAACUGCAGAUGAAGCUGGAGUCUCUGCCGGACGUCGAGAGGGCGUACGUUCAUGUGGAUUACGAGACGACGCAUAAACCGGAGCACUUCCUGAAGAAGGAAUUGUAGAAAGUGCACCUGAAAAUUACUGUAUUCGUGCAUUGUUUGAUUAUACUUUAGAUUAUGAUUAUUUUGCUACUCUGGACUUAACAUCGGAGAUAAAACCACUUUACGAGAAUAGAAACACGAGAAGG